AUGAAAUUGGCGCAGUUGAAAGUAAAUGGAGCAUUAGUUAAUGCUUUUAUUGAAAGGUGGAGGCCAAAAACGUAUACAUUUCAUUUGAAGUGUGGGGAGGCAACUAUUACACUUCAAGAUGUUUCUGUGCUACUUGGUAUUCCUGUGGAUGGAAGACCUUUAAUUGGAAAUACAAAUAUUGACUGGUUUGAGUUGUGUCAUGAAUUAUUGGGUGUCAUGCCUGACGAUGCUGCAGUUGAUGGGAACUCACUUUUAUUGAGUUGGCUGACUUCUCAUUUUGCAAAUAUUCAUGAUUUUACAGGUAACCAAGAAGGGCUUGAAAGAUUUGCUCGUGCUUGGAUCUUACAAUUCAUAGGAGGGGUAAUGUUUGUUGACAAAAGCAGCAAAAGGGUGCCAAUGAGAUAUUUGCAAUUUUUGAGAGACCUUAGAGAGUGCAGCAGUUAUGCAUGGGGAGCUGCUGUUUUGGGUAACCUUUAUAGAGAAAUGUGCAUUGCAACAGACUAUAAUGCUAAAUCAAUAGGCGGUUUCACUCUCUUGAUUCAAUUAUGGGCAUGA